AUGUCGAUGGACGUCUUCAAGAAGCACAGAUACGUCCUCAGGUUCUUGGGGAUUGUCCUGCCUGGAGAAUUGAGCAACAGUUGGCUUCGGAUCCCAUUCCACAUAUGGUUCAGAUAUCUCUCUAUCAGUCUGCCUGUUUUGACAUUAUGCUUCUUGUUCGGUAUCACACAACUCCAUGACCAGUAUUCUGUAACAGCAUGCAUGUACUCCUUCGCUGGAGUAGUGAGCACGACCAGUGCGAGCUUCAAACUCAUCCUCCUCUACACCAACAGAUACGACAUCAAGGAAUUAGUAGACUUCUUGAAGGACUUUCGGGCGGAUACGACGGUAGGUCGUAUCACCUAUGUGCUCAUCUACUUCUACGAGUUCCUCGCAUUAUCUUUCAGAGUCAUUGCGCUCAUCGAGAUCUUCAUGAAGGGCAAACUCAAGCUCUUGAUGCCCUUCUGGACUCCUUUUCCAAGAGACAACGUCGUCGUGGCUCUCAGCACUUACUUCUUUUUCCAAGGGACAGCUAUUAUCAAGACCAUCUGCAACUUCUUCAUUGACACUCUUUUCCUUCUUAUAUCGAAUCAGACCUGCCACCGCAUGUUUAUUCUUCGGAACACGUUUAGAAUCAUUGGGCUCCCCGAAGAGGAGAAAUUAGAAAGACUUAAGCACAAACAUAUGCUCAAGUUGCCUCCUGGAAUGAAGCCGACAGAUAGCAACAUUCUAAAAUUAUGUGUGGAAGAACACAUACUUCUCCUAAAGUAA